AUGAGCAGCUGCGAGGUGCAGAUGCAUGGUCUACGUCUAUGCAGAGCGAUGGACUUAACUGUUCUUGAUGGAUACAAUGAGUUGAUGAAAGAAUUGGACAAAAUCUUUGAUCUCAAAGGCCAGCUGUGUGCCGGUCAUUUAUGGGAAAUAGUCUAUAUAGACAAUGAAGGAGAUAUGAUGCUCGUCGGGGAGGAUCCAUGGCCGUAA